AUGCUUCUGCAUUUGCGUCCGCAUCUGCCCUCCCUCACAGGUGCGUUGGGCGAGGGCCUUCUGGGAAUCUUCCCGUCCUGGACUGUCAGCCUUCGGCAGUUUGAGUUGGACGUGCUAGCAUGGAUCCGGGACUCCAGUCUCACUCUGCUCGUCUCACUCAUCUACGCGGACUCCCCAAAGGCAAACGAAGAGGGGUCAACAGAGCAACAAAAAGAGCAACGCGAGCAGCAACAGACGAAGCAAUUGAGGGAGCAUCAGACAGAGCAACAGAGCGAGCAAUUGAGGGAGCAUGAGGCGGGGCAGGCCAAGGCAGGCAGCAAGAAUGCCGGCAAGGGUGACAGCAGCAGGGAGGGCAAAAAGAACACGGGGAGGGCAGUUCAAGCAAGGUCACACAACGCAGAGAGACAGCUCUAUUCUUCGCGCCCUUACCGCAAGGCCCUCGUGCCAACGUCCCUCAAGCCCAGCACCGCUUUCGCCCUCCUGCAACUGGCGGACAUCCACCCCGGCCACAUCGUGCUCGAUCCCAUGUGCGGCUGUGGGACGCUACCUCUCGAAGCUGCUGAUUGGUUGAAAAGCCAAGUCAGUGCAUUUGGAGGGGAUAAAGACGCGGGGGGCGUUGAUGCCGCUGGAACCAAUAGCAUCGCAUUGAGAACCGCUGCAGCCAAUAGCAGCACCUUGGGAAUGGCUGUAGCGAAUGGGGAUAGGAGCCAAGGGGGCCACGUGGCAGGCUGUGAUUGGCUUGUCUGGGAUGCCUCUGCGCUGCCUCUGCGAACCGGCUGUGUGGAUCGGGUGCUCUGUGACAUGUUGGGGUGCGGUGUGGAAACUUCAAGAUGA